AGCUAAUAAAAAUAUCAUAAAAGUGUAGCAAGCCUUGUCGAAUUCUUGGCCCUUAUUACAGCAGGUGACAAGUGUUAAAGUGCAAUGUGCUAAUUAUGUCACACGGGGCGUAUGCGUGCUGUUGAAAGGCAAUCGCAAGUGAAAGCCAAAACCAAAGCGGAAGACGGAAAGCGGAGGGUGAAAAUCGAACAGAAGGUGGUGCCGAAGGAAAAGGUGGUCUAAACGGCCAUUCAAUACUUGUUGAAUUGUUAUCUCUUUGUGUGUGCGAGGUGAAAGAAACGGAAAGGAAAAAAAAACAAAUGUCAACUGCCAAUGCCCUGAAUGUGUAAAAAGAAAAAUGUGAGGAAAAAAAAAAUAGAAAGCAAAAAAACGGCAAAGGAAUUCACGAGAAACGGAAAAAUGAAGUGUCAACGAUUCGAGAUGAAAUUAUCAAUUGCCCAAGCUGCUGCUGAAAUGUGAUUUAUCCACCUGCCUCCAGGUUUAGAAGUGAGUGUGAGUGUGUGUGCUUGGUGUGUGCGUGUAGACAACAAAGGGAAAUAAUGUCAUGCAUUGGCUCGACGGUAUUUCUUUGGAUGACAAUUUAAUUAGCGGACGCGCCAGCGGCAGCAACGGCGACAACAGCGACAGCAAUCAGCGGAAAUCAACGCAGUCGAGCUCAUCGCCCACCAAAGCAAAACGAAGACGUCAUGCACACUAUAAGCUAAAUAGCAGAUUGGACAGAAAGUCAUCGCGGGGCAUGAUAUACGAGAAUGAGGAGCUCAGGCUGCGCACCAUCAACAUUAAUGCAGAAGUCGAACGAGGCCAAUCGGACAUCAAGCGCUUGCGACGCGAAAACGAACAGCUUCGUCGGGAGAUCUGGACUUUGAGGGACGAAUGUGAUCGGCUCAACAAGCGCUUUAAGGCGAAACUCAACGAGCAUGAGUUUGGAGGCUGCCGGGGGAGCGGAGGCAGUGGCGGCACUUGCCACGCCUAUCGCUGUAGCGGCGGGCGGGGUAGUGGAGGUUGUGAUGUAAACAGUGAUGACUCGGACUCAUGUGAUACGUGUCGUGGGGCAGACGAUGGCCACUGCAGCGACGAGUGCUGUCAAGAAGGCUCCUGUGCGCCUCCCAAGCCACCUCUGCCGCCGGAGGUGCCCUCCCAGGCGUCGCCUUCCAAAAACGAGGCCACCAACAGCAGCCAAGGCAAGGAGUCCCAGCCAAUGCACUUUGAUCACCUCUCCGUGGUCUCCGAGGAGACGCUCAGCAACCCGGAGCUACUACUGGCUCAGCACCAGGAACACCUGAUGAUUGCCACCCAGGAUCCCAAUGGCUCCCAGAGCACUCUGCCCAGCCUAAUGGGACCUCUGACUCCGCUGACACCCAUCGAGAUGGUGGCCAACCAGCUGAGUGAUCUCCAGGCGACGGUUCCGCCACUCUCCUACUUUGAGAACAUCCUUCAACAGCACAUAGGUGGUCGGAAUCCAGCUCAAACCCCCUCUCCGGAACUGGGCACCAGCUCGAGCACCACCACCGGCCAAACAAUGCGUCACACCAACGGCUGGGACUACAACCUCCAGUCACCGUUCUCGCAGCGCAAAUACUCAGCCCACUCAUCACCCUCCGGCUCGCCACCGCCCCCACUGCCGCCACCGGGCACCACGAUGACCACCUUUGUGCCCACUUCCGCCCACCAGACUAUGCCCAAGAUCGCCCUGAACGCGGCGCCGCCGCAAUUGGCACUGCCAACGGAAAUGGGCGACAUCGAAACGGUGGCCAUCACCACGAACGCCACGCAACAAGCGCUCAACAGUCCCAAGCACUUCUUUGCGCCGAUCAAGCCGCGCCUGAAGCUCAAUACCAAGCUAGCCAAUGAGUCGUCGCCGAGCCAGGGGCACGAACAGGACGACUUGCCGCCAGGAUCUCCACCGCCGCCGCUCCGCGACCCUCCGGACAUCUUCGUCAAUAACGCUCUGGCUUCACCUUAUCAGCGCAGAAUCUCGCCUCAAGUAAGUCCGCGUCACAGGCGCACCGCCCACUCGCAUUGCCACGCCCAUCAGGCGUCGCACCACCGCAGCCGCCCCUGCCUAAGGCAACGCCCCCAGCCAGCACACUGCUCCCUUCAUCGGGCGGUGGUGGAUGUCGCCGCCGCCGUAGGCUUGGGGGAGGUGGGGCCUCAUCCAGGUUCAAGUGUCCUGGAUAUCUAUACUGCUGCUCUCGCGGCGGCAGCUGCCGCUCGGUGUUCGCCACUGCCAACGGCCCGAUCCGCGGAUCCCAUCUACGCGACCGCACAAAAGCCCGCCCAGAGCUCGUGCACCUCGGCCACGGCCUUCUCUCAGCCGGUGAUGGCCGUCACCACGCACUCCGCAAAAGCCAACAGGCCUAGGUCGGUGGGACAGGCCCAAAGGGUGGCCAAGUCCGAGGAGAACGUUAGUCAGACGGAUUCCGUCAAUUUGGAGUCGAUCCUCAACGACAUCGAGACGAUUUCAGAGGACAUACUGGCCAUUCAGCUAGAGAAGAGCAAGUCGCGGGACAAUCUCAGCCAGGAUCAGAAUAAGGACGAUGUCCGGGCGAAGAAGCCCUAUCGUUCCGAGAUGAACCUGUAUUUGCAGUACGAUGGCACAAAUCCGACCAUUUCCCCCGCGACUGCCACCACGGAAGCGGAAAUGGAAACAGGAACGGCAGUGGCCACUUCCGCUGAUUCCAUUAGCAAGCUAUUGCGGCGCACCCGUUCCCUGGAGAGAGAGCACACUGACAGUCCUGCCCCGCACAUUCCGGAUCCCAUGGCCCCGUUUCCCGACAAGUGCACAUACUUGGGCUUCGAGCAGAUCAACCAGGCAGUGGGAGUGCCUCCUCCUUCCCCGAAUGGCAACAGGCCACCGAUAGCAGCCAAGCCAAACAUAUCUCAGAAGCCACCGCCUCCCCUGCCGCCAGCCAGGAGACCGACAAUGCCCACAGAGCCACCACCCCCGCCACCCACAUCCCUCGCCGGACUGACGCCCAACAAGAGCCAGUUGUACAAGACGCUGGCCUCGGCGGCGGCCAAGCGCGCCAUUUUCCGCUCCUCGCCAUCGCAGAUCACCCGAUCCCUGGACGUAGACCUCACAGCGUCAGAGGCGUCCGGGGAGGCUGGUGGAGAGCAGGCGGCCUCAGGAGAUAUGGAGGAGCUCGCCCGACGCAAGGCGCGACGCGUCUCCAUUGUGUGUGGAAACCCUGGCCAGCAAGACGAGGUGAACGGCCCAGUGACCACCGCUCACACGGCCACUGCCAGCUGCGUGGACCUGAGCACUGUGCUCCAGCAUCCGAAUGUCAAGGCUUUCAAGCAGAUCAGCCACAGCACUCCCAGCUCGCCACAUUCCUCCCGCCGCCGCACCAACAGCAACUCAAUGGCUCCCCCUACCGCCGGUGGGCAUCCUGAGGUGGGGGCUACGGCUUCAGCGCCACCAAGUACCAGCCACCAUCAUCACCAUCGCAAGGAGAGCAGUGAUCCGGUGCCCAUGACGGCUACCGUCAGCCGAACUAAAUGCUCCCGCAGGCAUUCUGAGGGAACGGUGCACAACGUCCACCGGAACAGCUCGGCCAGCGGCGGCGGGGGUGGCCACCACCACCACCACAGUCACCAUCAUCCGCACAGCGGGCUGGUGAUCAGCAGCAAUCCGCACCACAGCCACCAUUCCCACCAGGAUAGUAACCACGAGACGGUCACCUCGCUGUCGGACCGGAACUCCAACAGCUUCGCCUCCUCUCGCGAAUCCUCGACGAGCUUCAGUAUGCGCUCGAACCGCCGCAAGAUCUCUAUCAGCUCGCACACGGGCGGCAAGAUUCCGUGGUGCGGCUGCUGGGGCAACGGGUGCCUCUAGGAGCUGGAGUAGCUUCAUGUGCCGUCCAGAAAUCGAGUGCAAUAUAAUUCGCUUAGUUGACAUUGAAAGGG